CCUGUCAGCUUCUUAGUUAGUUGACUUUUCUGCUUUAGUUUUUCCAUAAAAAUCCAUUACUGAGAUGAACAAUUUCAUAUAGACUUAUUUUUUCAUUAUCAACUAUAAAGGUUUCAAAAUUUAUUCUCUUUAGUUUUUAUCAAAAUUUUCUUUUUGUUUAAAAAAAAAAAAGAAAAUGUGGAAAUUUCCUACAGCGAAAAGUUUGCCUUUUAUAUGGAACGAAGCUAAAAAAUUUUUGGAGGUAGAGCUUAUGUUAAUAAAAGGCAUCCCCAAUGGAAUUAAGGAGAUGAAGGAGGAGUUGAAAGAAAUCCAUGAAUACCUGCAGAAUGCUGAGAAAGAUGCUGACGACGACGAUGACGUGAAGAAGAAAGUUAAAAAAGUUAGACGCAUCAUGUACAACCUUGAGGAUGUAAUUGAGUUCUAUGAUCUCCUUAGACAAGAGCAUGAUCAGUUGGAUUUUGUUUCUGGUUGUAUGAAACAUUUAAAGCAACUUAAAUCUAAGUAUGAUAUUGGUUACUCCAUUGAAGAAAUGAAAAAGGAAAUAAACCAGUUGAGGGGGAGUGAUGAGGUCUGGACCCACCAAACCGAGUCCUCUCAGCAGCAGCGCGACCCACGAAUGUGGUUUGAGUACAUCGAUGAGUCUCAACUUGUUGGGCUUGAUAGGCCAAAAGCGAAGCUAAUCGAGGUGUUAGAUGUGAAAAUGGCUACACAUCAGAGUCGUUUGAUCGUUUCUGUGAAGGGUAUGCCAGGAGUUGGAAAGACCACUCUUGUUCAGAAAGUGUAUGACGAGGUGAAACAACUAUUUCAAUUAAAGGCGUGGGUCACUGUCUCUCAAUCUGAUAGGCCACUUGAUGUACUUUUGAAAAUUUUAGAGCAAUUUAGAUUAGUUCAUAUACUACAAGAUUUCGGAAAUGAGAGAGAUGUUAAGGUUAUUGUAAACAAGAUUAGGAACUACUUGUCGCAUAACAAAGCCACCAGAUACAUUGUUGUUCUUGAUGAUGUUUGGGGUUACGAGUUAUGGGACUGCGUGAAUUGUGCCUUACUUCCUAGCCAAACGGGUAGUAGAAUAUUGAUGACAACCCGUAAAGAAGAAGUUGCAAGAUACUGGGCAAACUCAUCAUUAUGCGGGGAGAUCUAUACUCUACAUCCGUUGUGUGAUGAAGAUGCGCGGCUUCUGUUCCGUAAGUAUUUAUUUCAGGAGAAACCUCGUUCUGAUUCUCAACACGAAUUAGAACAGAUAUCACGUGAUAUAGUGAGAAAAUGUGGGAAUUUGCCGCUUGCAAUUGUGGCAGUCGCUAGGGUUCUUUCGAGGAAAGAGAGAAAUCAAUUAGAGUGGAGUAUAGUACGCGAUAAUCUUGGACGUGAGCUUAGAAAUUGCCCCAAAUUUAAAGAUACAAGAACGAUAAUGUUGUAUAGCUACCAUGAGUUGCCAUAUGAGCUUAAGCCGUGUUUCUUGUACUUUGGCAUGUUUCCUGAGGAUCGAGAGUUAGAGGUGGAUGAGCUUAUACGGUUAUGGAUUGGAGAGGGUUUCAUAAAGGGUCAAACAGACAACACUCUUGAAGAAACUGCACAAAAUUAUGUUAAUGAACUAAUCGAAAGUGGCUUGGUUAUUGUUUCAUAUAAUUCACAUCCACGUUACGAAGCUAGGUGGAUCAAGGUUCAUGAUAUUCUACAUGAAAUAAUAUUGUCCAAAUCAGAGGAUCUAAUCUUUUCUCACGUUAUGUCAGGUAACGCUUUGACUCAAUUUGAAAUGUGUAGGCGGCUAUCAGUGAUUAAUAUCAGUGAAUUUUGCAGUAAACAGACUGUGUCAUAUAUCAAAGCUAGUAAUUAUAAUUGCAUCCGUAGUAUCAUAUCUAUAAGCUAUGGAGCAUCGCCUUGUAUGCUGCUAAGAUCACUCCCCAUGAUUGCUCAGUGUCUAAGGAUACUUUAUCUAGAAGACAAUACUAAAACUGAUGAAGACAUCCCAAAAGAGGUGGGAAAACUACAAAACUUGCGCGUUUUAUGCUUGUGUUUCUGUAAUAUUGACAAGCUUCCAGGGUUCAUAUGUCAGCUCAUAAACUUAGAAAGCUUGGAGAUAAAAUACUCAUCGUUCGGUAGAUCCAUUGAAGUACCAAGAGAGUUCAAGCGCCUUUGUAAGCUACGACACCUUCUUGUAAAUUGGAAAGCAAAAUUCCCCAGGGGAGUUUUACAGAGCUUGAUUGAGUUACAGACCUUAGGAAAAGUUGACGCGCUUAGUGAUGGCCUAGAGGAAAUUAGAUGUUUAAAUCAACUGAGGAAGUUGGAAAUCAAUAACAUAGAUGAGAAUUCGUGGUUAAUAUUCUACCCUGCAUUGCAACAAAUGAAUGAACUUCGAUCACUUGAUGCAAGUAUAGUCGAUAAUAUUGUAGGAACCUUGGAGUUAAACUCAAUUAUACUCCCACAAAAGCUCGAGCGACUUGUCAUACAUGGCAACUUAGGACGAACAAGAUUUCCAAGUUGGAUGGAGACGCUAAAUAUGUUAGUUAGUUUGUCGUUUUGUUUCUCGGACGAGUGGCUAGAGGAUCCUCUUCAAGUACUUCACAAUUUGAGCAGUCUUGAAUCACUUCACCUCGAUCUUUUACAUGUAAACACACUCGACUUUGGUGAGCAUGGAUUCAGAAGUCUCAAGCGUUUGUAUAUUUCUGAUACAAAAUGUCUAAGAAGCAUAUCAGGAGCUCUGCCACGUCUUCAAAAGUUACAGAUAGAUGCAGAAUGUGAUAUGACAAUGGAAAUGCCAGAUCGUAUCAGAAAGGUGACCUCCUUCCACUAUUAUCAGGAUCGUUCUUGAUGAGCGACAAGAAAUGAUACACAUACAUACACUAGGGGGGGUUUGGUAUGAACUUUGUUAAUGUGAAGUAAGGAAUUCAAUUACCAUUACUCCACAUAUUUUGUUUGGUAUAAUAUCAGGUUAACCCAAUCCCAUUCUUGAGGGUAAUGGAUACCCUUAUUUUGUUAGGACUAAUUUAUAUCAAAUAACAAAUUUGAUAUGUUGAUCGGUAUUGUCCAAUCUUUCAAGUGCUUUUUGAUUAAUGUUGUGUAGAGAAUCAGGUUUGUUCCCCAUAUGAUUUAAAAAUGAACAAUCCUUCCCACUAUUAACUUUUUUCCAAUUCUUAAAGCCAACAUGUGUAAAACAACCAAAAGACUUUUUUGUGAAAAGAAAACAAGGAAAGCAAAAGACUGCAUCCUUUGUUGAAUAUUCUAUCCAGGGAAAUUUUUAAAACCAAGUGGACUGAAAUGAACGUAAAUGGUUGUCUCGUCCAGAUAGUGAAUAUGUAACAAGAAUGGGUUGAAAUGGUUUCAAUUUAACAUACUCCCUCAUUACUUUUUCACGAUCAUUGGGAUGAUACUCAUUGAUUUGUUUACGUAAUCCAGGAUUGCAUUCAACAACAAAAUGGUUACCAUUAUCACCUAACUCAACUCUUACAAAUUUAUGAGGACGAUUAUUGUUA